AUGAAUUUAAAAAUUCAAUUUUCCGCAUCUUUGUGCCUGUUCUUGAUAUUAUCAGGAAGCACGCCAAUUUCUUCGCAAACAAUCCCAACAGCUGUUAUUGAUAUCGCCAAAUACGGAUGGAAGGCAAUUCAAGCACUUAUUGCGAUUAAAUCAUCAAUAAAUAAUCAUAACUUUCAGCAAGAUGUAAUAAGCGCAUUGGAUGAAAUUCGUGCAAGUAACGUAAAAACAGAAUAUUUAAUAACAACUGAAGCUGACCGUAUAAUCAAUGUACUUUCUGUUAAAAUUGAUACUGAGGUAGUUAAAGAUUUCAUUCAUAUCGUAUACAAAAUAAAUACGCGGUUUGAAAAACAAUUUUUGAGAUAUUUUACUGGAAACAAUACAUAUGAGAAUCAAACUAUUGAUCAUUACAUAAGCACAACAAUUAAUCCUAAUCAGUUUAAAAAAACUUUAUCUUUGAUAAAAGAAUACACUGUACCUUAUGGUGAUAAUCCCACAGAAAAUAAACAAGUAUUCGAAGUGCUAGACGAAUAUAUAAAAUUGAGAAAUAGGUAUUACAUUGAUUGCAAAAAAUACAGCGCUGACUGUAUAAAUGGAAAAUCGGGUUAUGAUUUAAUAUUUAAUGUAUUCAAUCUCGCAAUAACUUCAAUUUCUAAAGGAUAUACUAUGGUAGUGCAUGCUUACAAAUAUCUCCAAUCAAAUUCGACGGACCCUAAUGCAUGGCAUUCAGAAUUACAUGACGCUUUGGAUGAAUAUAAAGAGACUGUGUUAAUCAUAGCUAACGCCGCAAAGACUGUUGCGCGAAUACAAUCUAAAGCAAUUCUUCGUUACGAUCCUAUUCAUUUUAAACAAGAGGAAAAUUAUGACAGUUUGCAGUUCUUAACAACAUUUAUUACUGAUCCACGGUUACUGAACAAUAAACAAUGGUUUCUUGAUCGAGUGCCUCCUGGCGAACGUAUAGCAGUAUUUUGCGAUGCAUCAGCUAUUUACGACUGUAUUGAUGAUAAUUCUAUCGCACGCGCUUGUGUUGAGCCACCAUAUAGUAAAAGACGUUACACGUGUGCGAUCGAAAUCGGUGGCUUCAAGCAAUAUUAUAAAGGUCGUUGCGCGAAAAAUGGGUCGUGCAUGAGAGAUUGGGGUGUGGAGUUGAAUAUUGAUAUUGGAUUUACACACUUCAAAAGAUGUAUAUGCGAAGAGGAUCGUUUAACUAAAAAGGGUGCCCAUUUCAACAUGUCAUCACAAUACUCUGAUUUCUUUAAUACCAAUCGAGUUAUCACAGGAAUCCGUUUAGUUACAAAAAUGUCACUAACAUACUUUGAAAUACAACACGGAGUACUUGUUAAUGGUACUAUUGAUAAUACUACUGUCAGCUGGGAUGAUCGCGUUUCUAAAAAGCUUGAUUAUAUGCAUAAACAUAGUAUACUACCUUCUUAUAUCGGUAGUAAUUUACAUACACUCAGUUAUUCUAAUAGACAUUUGAAUUUGGACGACAUUAUUUUACCCGAAGGAUGGGUUACCGUCGGUGUGCAAUUUCACUUAUCACCAGAAAAUCAUUUAUCAUUUGAAGUAGCAGGAAUAAAAAUAUUUGAUGACUUAGGAAUUUUUUCCAUGUCUUACGAACCUCAUUGGUUUAAACCAAAAUACUCUGAAAGAACGGAAUUGACUAAAAAAAAUCAAGAUAUUCCAACAUUUAGUAAUGAGGUAAACCAAGAAUUAGGGAGUCUUGGAAAAAAUUAUGUUAAAUUCCAGAUGACCGAUUGGUCGAUUGAUGCCAGUCAGACAGUUUAUCCUUUUAUUGAUAUGCAACAAGUUUUUACUGAUCCUCCAGCACCCGUCGGAGGAAUUGGAUUAUAUUAUAAAAGUCAGUCGGGAUUCGGAGGAUUCAUCGCACCAAAACUUAUAAGCAUGAAUACGAAUAUUUUUAUGAGUUAUGAUUAUUUAAAUAAUAUUUUUAAAAUUAAUAAUUCAAGCAACUAUCUAAAGUAUAAUACUAAUGAUAUUGAUGAAAGUUAA